AGUGGGGACACUUGGAGACCUAAAAAGCAUCGCUCUAAAACUCCCAGAUACAAGGAGGAAGCCAGAUUGGACCUCAACGCUCACCUAGAAAACAUGCGGGGUUUGGCGUUGUCUCUGUUCAUUUUGCUCUGUUUGGACCGUAAGUAUCGACAGAUAUCGGACAGUCGGCAAAAUCGUCCAGCGAGUCCGGUGGAGGGCGGUAUGUCUUGUAGCAACAUGCGCCUCGGUGUGACGGAGAACAAGCCUGUCUAUAUGUUCACUCAGAGCGAAGCGUCCGAUCAGCUGGCCAUCGAGUACCUCCAGGGAGAGAAGGGUCGGACGCCAGCUUUCGCCAAGGCGUGGGGUGAUGCAGAGGUUUUCAUGAGAAAUAAUAAACGCAUUCAAGUACCAGUUGGACUGAGAGAUCAACACGUUUUGGCCAUUCUCGCCUACACUAGUAAGACAGACCUCCACUGGAAGUUCAAUGAUGCGCUGCAAUUUUACCAGGCUAACGACACAGUCUACGCCGAGAAGUUCAAUUUCAAGAGUUUCCAUUAUCUUCUCUCCGUUGCUCUCGACCGACUCAGGAGCACUUCCGGCCCUGCGGCGGGAACCACCUACCGAGGGAUAAAGAAUCGCUCCAAAGCGCAGGAGGGGUGCAACAUGACAUUUGGACAGUUUGCAUCUUCUUCUCGUGAUAUGCAAACCGCUCGAGGCUUCGGUACUGCAACGGUGUUUAACAUAACGUCCCUUAAAGGCGUCUACAUCGCCAGCUACUCGCUCUUUCAGAAACAGAGGGAGGUGCUUAUACCCCCCGAUGAGGUUUUCAAGGUCGCGCGGUAUUUUUCUGGUGACAAAGGAGAUGAAAUAUCGCUCGAGGCGGUGGGAGAGGCCGGGAUAGCGGUCAAAGUGGAGCGCGAAGCAGACGGCGAUAUGCAGGUAGUUAGGAGCGUGGGGGCCGCUCUGUACGCCGUGGCGCUGUGGUGCGCAGUGGCGGUAUUGGCUCCCAUUUUCCUGUAAGGCCAUGCAGUCAUGACGAACGAAAACAGACCUUUAAACAUUUUGUCACCCAUGCCGUCUAAGAUGCCCCAUUCGUCCGCGUUUCGACCGUGCCUCCCAAACUUACCUAUCCAUGUACCUGGCCACGUGUUUUUUAAAUGUUCUUAUUGCAUGUGUCAUAGUCAUAGAGUAAUCAAGCGUGAAAAGAGGCCCUUGUGCCCAACUUGCCCACAACACCCAACAUGUCCCAUUGACACUUAGUCCCACCUGCCUUCGUCUGGCACACAUCACACAAAACCUGCCAUAUCGACGAGCCUGUCUAAAUAUUGCUUAAACUUUGGGAUAGUCCUUGCCUCAACUAUCA